CAAGCGCCCUUGCCGCUGGUAGUCGAAAAUCAUUGAAAAGGAAACUGCCAGCAGAACUCCAUCUCUUGUCUCUGUUCCAUACUCUCCUCCUCAAAUCUUUCCCUCCCACGCAGCCUUCCUGAACCGCUCCAUACCCUCUCACAAUGCGUUUCACAUUCACAAAGCUUGCUGCCAUCGCCCUCGUGGCUGGCUCCGCGGUCACCAUGUCCGCCAACGGAAACCCUCUUCCUCAACAGGACUACGGAGGUGUUACCCACACUCCCGACCUUGAGGGACUCAACAAGCUCCUCGAAGUCCUCCAAGGAUCUGUCGAGAAGCUCACUCAGGCCUUGAGCGGACGUCAACGCCGCGCAGACCUGCCAGGCGGUGACUCUGACCAGAGCGGUGGCCCUCAAGACCCUCCCGAGCUCAACCUGCAGGACACCAUCCUCAGCAUCGUCCCUGAGCUGCUGCCCCUCCUCAAGUCUCUCGGUCUCAACGUCGGAAACCACUAGACUUCGUCGCAUUGACUUUGUGUGACAGCUGAUCCCGUAGCAUACCUAAUUCCUAGCCAUGAGACUUGUGUGCUCGAGCCUCUUCGCAUUCCCACCUCUUGCGGCUCGCUGCAAUUCAUGAGCCUUUUGACCACAAUUCGCUGCCUCCUUAUGCUACUUUGCCUUGUACAACCAUCGUGAAUGCAUCUUUGCUCUGCAGCCUGAACGCCGCGUGACUUUGUUCGUCGGGGUGGACACCCCCUUUUGCCUUUCGCUGCGAGUAGUCCUCUUGCUCGAUGAGUGAGCAA